AUGUCCCACUACCCUCCUCAGGCAUAUGGCGCAUUCCAGCCACAGUACCCAGCGUAUACUGGCCAAAAUCAUUACCCAUCGCAGUAUCCGACGCAGGCGACGCCGGCGGCCACAUAUCCUGCGUACCCUCCCAAGCCACCCUCUCCGCCGCCGGAGCCUCACUCUGCUCCUGCACUACCUGCUGUCAGCUCCGAUCUCGCUUCUCAUGCACUGAAGAGACUGGCCUCUGCUGAACUAUCACGCGCCGGAUUCGAUUCUGCUGAAUCAGUAGCCCUCCAAAGGCUGGAGCUGGAAGUCAUUGCCUUCGUAGAAAGACUCUACAAGAGUGCACACGAAUAUGCGGACCUAGCCAAUCGCGCCGGCCCAGUUGCGAAGGAUGUUCUGUUAGCCACGGAGGAGUGGGGGUUGCAGACGAACGCUCUCCACCGGUUGGCGGUGAAAUCAAAGAAGAGAGAUCGUCGUACUACAUCCAUUCAAGGUGCGGCCUCAAUGGAAUUGCUACCGCCACCCUCUCGGUCGCCCUCACCAGAACUGCUGGCAUCUGACGACGAAGACGCUGCACCCGUCAUACCCGCUUCCCUCCGCCAACUACCGUGGAGUGACCGCUACCUACCCGCUCUACCUCCCAAACAUACAUAUUUGAGGACACCUGUCUCGCCACCCAAGAAGGCUGCUUUGCCUUCAUUGGAGAAGAAACUCAAGAACGCAGGGCUGGUACAAGAAUCCUUGAGGAACCUCUUGACAGCGACAGAAGACAACGCCGACAACGAGGAUGGAGAGUUGCUUGGCCACAUCGUGAACUGGGAGUCAACCACACAUUCUCGCAAGCGAUGGAAGUUGAGUGCAUAG